AGCUGGCCUUAAAGCCCUGUGUCGGAGACGAAGAAGCCAAAGAGAGAAAUCCAAAGUGGGAAGAAUCCUCGAAUCUUUCGGAUCUUCAGGCUGGGACAUCUUGGCAUCGUUCUAGACAAAGAUAAUGGUGCGGCCCGAACGUCGGCUCAAAAGUAUCUUGACGCGGCGUUCCAAAACAGAACGUUGGAGGCCUGAACGUUCUGCGCGGCUUGGCAAACGCGCGGCUUUGCGGGGGAGCGUGGCGGGCACCAUGUCUGUCCGAAUCAAGGUGGUUUAUUGCGGGGCCUGAGGGUACAGCCCCAAGUAUCAGCAGCUCAAGAAGGAACUCGAAAAAGAGUUUCCGGGCAAGCUGGAAAUAAGUGGUGAAGGGACUCCCAAAGUCACGGGAUGGUUUGAAGUGACAGUUGCAGGGAAGCUGGUGCACUCCAAGAAGAACGGAGAUGGCUUUGUGGACAAUGCCACCAAGUUACAGAAGAUAAUCAUGGCAAUCAGAACAGCCCUAGCAUAAAGGUGGCUAGAAGAAUGCACCAGCAGAUAACUGGGUAGCAGAGUCCAAAGAAGAAUCCGCUUUGUUCACUCUAACCGAACGCUUAAUGAUGGGAACUUCUGAAAUGUCACUCGACGCAUGGCUGUUCCUUGAAAAAUCUCGCGUGGGAUGCUGGCUUGACCAAAGUCGGACAGGAAUUUGAACUCUGAAUAUGAUGUGCUUUGAAACCUGUGCAUGCAACUGUGCCUAGCACUGGAACUUCACCUCUGGUGUUGUGUGUUCUGUGCAUGCUUUCUAUGUAGUCUGGGUUUAAUGUUUAGUAAUGGUAACUACUUGCUGUGACGCUGGAGGGGAGGAGAGUGGAGGACCCCCUCAUGAAAGAAACGUUUAUAAAGCUAUGAAAAAUCCUUGAACAUGUUAAACCUUCUGUGAGGUGUUUAAAAAUAAACUUUUAAAUUUACAAAUG